GGGCGGGGCUGGAGUCUGAGAUUAUUUAAACUCAUCCCAGAAUAGAGAAUAGACAGAAUAGAGUUGAGCCUAACUUGCAGGUAUGUCUUUCUCCCAGGUGAUCUGUGUUCUGACUGCACUGACUCUUCUGACCAAAGAGUCCGAGUCUCAGUUAAACAUCUGUGGUCGACCUCAACUCAACACCAGGAUAAUUGGAGGAUCUGUGGCUCCUGAAGGCAGGUGGCCCUGGAUGGCCUUUGUCCAGAUCCCAUCUAGUUUCUGUGGAGGAUCUCUGAUCAACAACCAGUGGAUUCUGACUGCUGCCCACUGUGUCCGAGGCAGAAGCUCAGGUGAGCUGAAGGUGUUCCUGGGUUCAAACCUGAGGCAACCCAUCGUAAAUCAAGUUUCUCAAAAUCCUGAAAUCAAUUCAUACAGAGUAGCUCAGAUCAUUGUUCAUCCAAACUACAACUCUGGAAACAGUGAUGAUGACAUCGCCCUCCUGAGGCUCUCCUCACCUGUAAACUUCAACGCCUACAUCUCACCUGUGUGCCUGGCAGCUUCAGACAGCACCUUCUACAGCGGAGUGAACUCCAUGAUCACCGGCUGGGGCCUACUUCAAAAUGAUGAAAAUUCAGUUUUUCCUGCAAGCCUGCAGGAGGUGGAUCUUCCAGUUGUAGGAAACAGGCAGUGUAACUGUCACUAUGGAGUAGGAAACAUCACUGACAACAUGAUAUGUGCCGGGUUGCCUCAGGGAGGGAAAGACGCCUGUAAGGGGGAUUCAGGAGGUCCGAUGGUGGUUCAACAGGGCGAUCRAUGGAUUCAGUCAGGAAUCGUGAGUUUUGGGUUUGGAUGUGCAACAGCGAAUAGGCCAGGAGUCUAUACCAGAGUGUCCCAGUACCAGGACUGGAUUAACACCCAGAUUACCAGCAACCAGCCGGGCUUCAUCACCUUUACAUCCACUGGGUUCAACAGUGACCAUACUGUUUCCUGUCCAGGCCUGGCGCCUGAACCUGUGGCCUGUGGACAAGUCCCGCUGAACUUUCCUAAUUCUGCUGGAGGUUCUAUGGUGAUGGCUGGUGAGUGGCCGUGGAUAGUGAGUCUGCAAAAACAUGGACAGCACGUGUGUGGAGGGACGCUGGUGUCUGAAGACUUUGUCCUGAGCAGCGCUGAUUGCUUYUCAGGCUCCAUAAAUGUUUCUGACUGGACCGUGAUGUUUGGUCGUCUGAAUCUGAACGGAUCAAGCCCCUCUGAGAUGUCUUUCACUGUGAUGAAUAUCAUCAUGAGCAACCAGACAGAGCCCAACAUCGUGGUUCUCCAGCUGUCAGCCAAACCCGCCCUGAGCAACUACAUCCAGCCCAUCUGUCUGGACUUUGGAAGAAACUUCUCUGAAGGAUCCAUCUGCUGGACUGUUGGCUGGAGCUCUGGUCAAGGAUCAGUUCUGAAGCAGUACCAGACCUCGGUGGUGAACUGUGGCAACACAUCACAACCAGGAAGUAUCUGCACACAACAGGUGACCCUGGGGCAGGGUGACUCCGGAAAUCCCUUAAUGUGUGAAAGAGGCGGGGCCUGGUUCCAGGUGGUCGUGGUCCCAGACAGUGUGUCCAUCAGAGGAGGGGAUGCGCAGACGGACUUUCCUAACUUGAACAAUUUUGAGAGAUUCCUGAAUACAGCACUGGGAGGGUUCUUGUCUCCACCUUCCAUCAACACAUUGUCCAACACCAACAGCAUCAACGUCACCAACCAACCCUCCAACCCAGCUGUCAACAUGACAACUGCAGGAAGCUCACCUCUUUUCUCCUCCUUCUACCUGUUCGUCCAUCUUUUCACCUGCAUUUCAUGUGUCCAAGCCUUCAUAUAAACAAGUUCCUGUGGUCUGAUGUCCAUGAAGAUGAAAUGUUUGAACUCUGUCAGCUGAACUCUUGUCUCUGGCUGAGGCUAAACUCAGAUCUGAAACCUCAGGUCCCACACCGGGGACGCUUAGUACAACUGGACCAGGUCCCAACCUGAGGACACGUAAUACAAGUGGACCAGGUCCCACACCGAGGACAUUUAGUACAACUGGACCAGGUCCAGAACAUAAAGCAGUUUUUGUACCACAGAGUAAAACCUGUCUCACUGAAUGUAUCUGUUGAAAUGCUUUUGUUGGCUGUAUUAUACAGAUGUAUUUGUUCUGUGCCUCCUGUCCUGAAUGUGAAAAUAAAACUUAAAGAUUU